AUCUUAUCACAACGCCUGAGCUCCAGUGAAUCUCUUCUGAAGAGGAUACUAACAAGGAAUUUGACUGAAAGCAACGACAGCGACAGGGAGAGGAAAAAGGCAACGCAACUCAGCAGGUUUUUAAGUGGUGCGCACUAUAUUUGGAGAUGGAUUUCCAGCCGAACAUUAUUCGACAACCCAGUACGAUGGAGACGCUGGAGAAGCAACUGAUCUGCCCAAUUUGUCUCGAAAUGUUUGAAAAGCCAGUUGUGAUCCUGCCUUGCCAACACAAUCUAUGCAGAAAAUGUGCCAAUGAUGUAUUCCAGGCUGCUAAUCCAUAUUGGCAGGGUCGAGGUACCAUGAUUUCUGGAGGUAGAUUUAGGUGCCCAACCUGUCGACAUGAAGUUAUCCUGGACCGUCAUGGGGUAUAUGGACUGCAGCGGAACCUGCUGGUGGAGAACAUCAUUGAUAUCUACAAGGAGGAGGGCAUCAGCAAACCCUUGAAGAAAGGUAACCAGCCCAUGUGUGAAGAGCAUGAAGAUGAAAAGAUCAACAUUUACUGCAUCUCUUGCCAAGUUCCCACCUGCUCAAUGUGCAAGGUCUUUGGAGCUCACAAGGACUGUGAGGUGGCCCCUCUACAGAAUGUAUUUCAACAGCAAAAGACAGAACUGACUGAUCGAAUUGCCAUGCUCAUGGCUGGCAAUGACAGAGUCCAAGUCAUUGUCGACCAGUUGGAAGAGACCUGCAAAAGCAUUGAGGAGAACAGCAAACACCAGAAACACAAGCUCAUGGAACAGUUUGACAAGUUAUACACUAUUCUGGAGCAAAGGAAAGAUGAUAUGCUUCAAUCAAUUACAAAAGAACAAGAGGACAGAGUAACAUUCAUCAAGGAUCUGAUCAGGCAACACAAAGAACAUCUAGAGACAUCGUCUAAACUAAUAGAAAAUGCAAUUCAAUUCAUGGAGGAACCUGGAAUUGCUACCUUUCUUGUGAAUGCAAAGAAACUCCUGGAAAAGAUCAUUGGUGCCUCCAGAACCUCCCAUAUACCAGAAUAUGAAGAUGGAUUUGAGAAUAUGGACCAAUUUUCAGUGGAUCUGGAAAUGGCAGAGGAAACCCUGAAGAAUAUAAGAUUUGGAACAGAUGAAGAAGAGGUAGAGGAAGAGGUGGAGACUGAGGAAGAGGACGUAGUGGAAGAUCAAGCUGAUGACCAGCAGUGAUGUUGCUGUUGUGAUGGUGACGUGGAACGUCUCUUGUGAAUUCUUGGGAUUAUCAUGCCCUGCAGAGUCACAGACAGCUGAGGAAGAAGUAAAACUUGUUCAACAAUUUUCUUUUUGUUCAUAAAAAUGUUUUGAAAAAAUAUCAAAAAAUGUUUUUAUAUGGUGCAAAAUUAAUGGUUUUGUACAUUUUAUAUCUUAUUUUUGUAUACAAUACAAUGGAGUAAUAAUUCAUUGUAUUUUUUUAAAACAUUGAGAUUUAGCAUUUAGUAUAGCUUAAGUCCAUCUGCAAUAUGUGUGCUAUUCCAUUAGAUUUUUAGCUGAAGCCCUACAUUGUAGCAAUCUCCAGUUUGUGAUAGGCAAAGGGCUGGAUCCAAAAGCUUCCCUAAGUCACUGGUUCAUGGACUUCUAGGAUUGUAAAUCCACUUUUCAAAUGGUUUCAGUCAUCACGGAUCCCUUCAUCCUAUCUAAGUUCUAACAAUAUAAAUUUUUCAUUUUAGAUUUCUGAAAGUAAAAUUCAUUAUAUCCCCAUUAAAGGAUUAUGUGAUUUUUCUCUAGUUCUGAUCUAGAGCCCAGUUGCAUCACUGACUGAAUUUGAUUAUGCUUCUAGGUUUUCUGGACAAGGUUGACACAGUAGCUCCUUCAUAUCCUCCCCUGAGUCCCAGAUCCAAGAAUCCAUUCCUGGUCUCUCUGGUAUCUCUUACCUGCCCUGUUAAUCCUAUUACAGUGGGUGAGCUCUCAGAUGUGUUCCUCCAGCAGAUCCAAGGAAACCAAAAUAAUAACCAAUAGUGUAUGCCUGACUUACAUCACCACAGCAAUGGAUCCCACUUAUCUUCUUUCCUGAAAAGUCUUUAUUAAAUCCCUGGGACCCCAGGUUGAGAACCACAGCCCUCAGAAUCACUAAAUGGAAACUGAAUGCAUUGUAGAUGGCAAAUGUAGAGCAUAGAAAUAAGGAAAUAAUCAAUUAUCAGAAGAUCAGGAGACUUGAAAUGAGAAAUAGGAAAUGGUGCAAGUAAGCAGCAAGUCAAUCAUUAUAUUUAAGAAUAGAUUUUUAGUUGAAGCAGAUUCCUGAGAUGUCAGUUUAAAAACUCGGUUAUGAUGGUCACUUCAUUUUCAU